AACUUUAUAUUUUAACUUUACUAAAUUUCUGAAAAUUCUUUGUUAAAAGACAUUUGUCACAAAAGAGAGCAACAUAUCCGUGACAGAAAACAUAAUUUUCGUAAUCGAUAAACGUUCAUUAUUUACACCGAACAGAAUCUAAGAAAGUAUGACUUUCAUACGUGGCGCCAACUAUGCUUAGUUGCAAAGAUCACUAUCAGAUGGCGUGGCAAUUUGGGCGCCUCUUGUAUAAACGGAGUUUCCAGGCCCUGAACUUAGUCGCGCGCGGUGAACGUUCCGUCCUACUGUCGAAUCUUCGCGCGCGUCUCGUCAAGAGUGACAGUUCGAAAACUUAACUUUUAACACAAGGUGACUAACUUCAUUUGUAACGUGUCGUUUGGAUCGUCGUUCUCGCGAUUGUUCGCUGAGUUGAAACAGAGAUUGACGAAGGACUGUAAGUGGGUAUCGAACGACAAUAUCAACGAGGAUUUAUAUAUAUGUCGUGUGUUUUAUCGUGCGUGCCGGCCGUGCACGCUUGUACUCUGUUGUAUUUUGUGUACGUACUGUCGAGGAUUGAGUGAAAUCUAGUGGAAACGAUCGGACAAUCGACGCGAAGUUCAGUGCAUCGUUGAAAAAAUAAUCGGCUGGCAGAGAGGACAGGAGGAAGUUGAAUCGCGCGGUGCAGCGGUGUCGAGGCGCGAACGACGCGACGAUACAUAUAUUCCAAAUGCGUCUUGACCGGAAGUUGAGGAUCGUCGCAUUGGCAGGGUGGCAGAGGAUGCCCGGCUGGAGGGCAGCGGCGGGAGACGAGGUCGUAGCAGUAGCAGUAGCGUGCGUCAGGCGCUUCGGUAGCAGAGGUUCUCACUGAGCUGGCUUACUCUGCGGUGGAUUUAGGGGGCUGUAUGGAGGCCGGGGGGCUCCUGCCCCGCCAGCCCCCGCAAGGCCCCCCCGGCACCGCGCCUGGCCCGAUUUCGGUCUGCGUGGGCCAGGCUCCUAACACCAACGCUAAUAACGCCAACAACGUAAACAAUCUGCAGAAUACCGUUCUGGCCCAAUCGGCCGGGAUUCACGAUUUAAACGCGGCCGGCCAGUUGAACAUAACGAGCCAGCAGCUGCAGUUGCAGCAACAAAUGGGUCAAGCACCUGGUAUGGGUGAGGUACUCACCCCCAAGAGACAGGCGGUCGUCGAUCGUCUCCGGCGUAGGAUCGAAAGUUAUCGGCGUAGACAGACCGAUUGUAUACCGAGAUUCGACCAGAGCUUCAACGGCCUGUGCGAGCAAAAUAUUCAGGACACGCUGGUGCUGAAGCAACGAUUCCUCGAGAGCAAGGCGAAACGACAGGCGAAGAAAACGGACAAGAAGCAAAGUGAGCCGGUCGGUCUCUCCAGCGUUCACGUGGUGAGUCACAUUUACUCUACUUGUUGGCUUUCGUUCCGAGUUCCUUCCUCGUCGCGGUGUCGCGCACGCUUACACAAACCAGUGUAGCUGCUCGCGCUGGCGCGCGCGUGUGCACGCGCGCGCUCGCACGUACAUGCUGGUCUUCAACCUUCUUCUUUUUUCUUCUUCUUCUUUCUCCAAACUUCUUGUUGCGACUUCUUCUCUUUCGCGCACGCGACCUUGUUAUUUCGUGCACUCGCUACCGUCCGCCAAUGGAAAAAAGAUUAAUGACGCAUCGCGUACGCGAUGACAACGGACGACGGACCGUAUCGUUGUUUGCUAUUGUGUUUGCCCGCCCGGAACGAUUCGAGUUCCACUCGAAACAUCGCGAUAAUCGGCCGUUAACGUUCGUCGUAAAUUGUCGAUGAUGUAUGUUACAAAUUUUCUCGUCGAAAAUGAAACAGGCUCAGGGAGGGUGGGGGUAUUUACGACCGAGAAAGCCCUCUUCUUCUUCUUCCUUUCUUUUU